AUGGCCACCCACCGAUUCGACCCCAAUUUCACCGACAAUGUCGUCAACGCCAUGGGCCCCAAGACCGAACCCCGGUUCCGCCAGCUGAUGACCAGCCUGAUCCGCCAUGUCCAUGACUUUGCGCGCGAGAACGAGGUCACUGUCGACGAAUGGAUGGCCGGAGUCCAGUUGAUGAACUGGGCCGGUCAAAUGAGCAACGACAAGCGGAACGAGGGACAGCUAGUCUGCGACGUGAUUGGGUUAGAAUCCCUCGUCGACGAAAUCACCUUCAAACUCGCCGAAGAGGCCGAAGACGCUCCCACCGCAACUGCCAUCCUGGGUCCAUUCUUCCGCGCCGACACCCCCUACCGCAAGAACGGCGAGAACAUCGUCAAGGGGGUCCCAGAUGGUGAGAUGGCUUUCAUGCAUGGCCGCGUGAUCGAUUUCACCACCAAGAAGCCGCUGGUGGGCGCCACCGUGGAGGUGUGGCAGGCAGCGACGAAUGGGUUGUACGAGCAGCAGGACCCGAACCAGGAGGAGUUCAACCUCCGCGGAAAGUUCAAGACGGACGAGGAGGGCCGGUAUUACUUCUACUGCUUGCGACCCACGCCGUAUCCUGUUCCCGAUGAUGGACCGGCAGGCAAGCUGCUCAAGCUGAUGGACAGACAUCCGUUCAGACCUGCUCAUAUCCACAUCAUUGCUACUCACGACGGCUACAAGCCCCUCACCACGCAGAUCUUCGACCGCAAAGACCAAUACCUAACCAAUGACUCUGUCUUCGCCGUCAAGGACUCGCUGAUCGUGGACUUUGUUCCCCGCGAGGGCGACUCUCAAGCUGGUCUUGAGCUGAAUUAUGAUGUGAAAUUGGUGCCGGCUCAGCCGAGCAGCACCAAUGGUGUAUGA